CUGCGGUCCGGCAGGUCAGACAGGAGGCGCUCUGCUCCAGAGGAGUUCUGGUUCUGAAGAACCGAUAAAAAGUCCAGAAAUCCUGCGGCUCCUUCAUGUUUCCUGGUUCAGGAGGAAACUCAGCCCAAACUCUCCAAGCCGUCCCCGGUCAUCCCAGCGCGAGAAAAACGGGAUUUAUGUCCCAACCUCGCGAUACUCUCCUCCCACCUCGCUCUCUCUCCCUCCCCGCACCGGGGGCGAUCAAGCGGCGGGGAUGACGGGAGAGUGUCCGGACAGCCCCAGCAGCCCGCGGACGCCCCGACACGCACCAAGCCCUGCGCUCCGUCUGCACUCAGCGCGGCUCCGGUUCUCCUGCUGCGGAGGGAAAUCUGACCCGGGAACCUCCGGAACCAGCUCGGGACUUCCUACCUGUUCAGCCAUCAGCUGCCCGACCCCCCGCUGAGGACCCGCGGACACCCGGCCGCCUGUUUGUGGAGUUACCGGAGUUUUUGAGCGGGGCGAUGCGGGAGCGGGCGGAGUGAAGCCGCCCGCCCGGUGCGCACUGCCUGUUCCCCGGGUGGAGAGGCGCGCAGCUCCCCGCCGCUCCUCUUCAUCACCGCUUCUUCAUCGGUUUGGAUUUUAACCCCGCGGGUCGGCCGGAGCAGUCCGCCCAUGGAUCCGCCGCUCCGCGCCUCCUGUGCGGGUCAGUGAGCGGGACGCAGCGGGAUGUUGUGAUUUAAACCCGCAGCUUUUACCGCAGGACUUUCACAUCUGGUAUACCGGGCCAGGUAGCAGCAGGAUCAGGAUGAGAAGAUGGCUGGCUAUGUGUUUCCAAUGGGACCAGAGAGCUUUAAGCGCUUCACGCCGGACUCCCUGGCGGCCAUCGAACAGCGCAUGGCCCAGGAGGAGGCCCGACGCAAAAAGCAGUACCAGGAGGACCUGGGCGAUGUGGAGCUGCCCCGGCCCCGGCCCGACCUGGAGGCGGGGAAGCAGCUGCCCCGGAUCUUUGCCGACAUCCCGUCUCACCUGGUGGGCGUCCCCCUGGAGGACAUCGACCCCUACUACUUCAGAGACAAGAGGACUUUCAUAGUGCUGAACAAAGGGAAGGCCAUCUUCCGCUUCAGCGCCACGUCGGCGCUCUACAUGUUCAGCCCGUUCCACCCCAUCCGCCGGCUCGCCAUCCGGAUCCUGGUCCAUUCUUUGUUCAGUUUGUUCAUCAUGUGCACCAUCCUGACCAACUGCUGCUUCAUGGCCAUGUCGGAGCCGGCCAACUGGGCCAAGUACCUGGAGUACACCUUCACAGGUAUUUACACCUUCGAGUCGCUCAUCAAGAUCCUGGCCAGAGGCUUCUGCAUGGGCCCCUUCACCUUCCUGAGGGACCCCUGGAACUGGCUGGACUUCAGCGUCAUCGUGAUGGCAUAUGUCACUGAGUUUGUGGACCUGGGUAAUGUGUCAGCCUUAAGGACGUUCAGGGUGCUGCGCGCGCUCAAAACCAUCUCAGUCAUCCCAGGCCUGAAGACGAUCGUCGGCGCUCUGAUCCAGUCGGUGAAGAAACUCGCUGACGUCAUGAUCCUCACCGUUUUCUGCCUGAGCGUCUUCGCCCUCAUCGGCCUGCAGCUGUUCAUGGGAAACCUGCGACAGAAAUGCGUCCGCAGCACGGAGCACUGCAUCAACGGCAGCCUGCCGGCCAACACCUCCUUCUUCUGCAAUAACAAGACCUGGGCCUCCAUCAAGGACUUCAUCGAAGACGAAGAUAAUUUCUACAAAGUGGAAGGAGCCAAGGAUGCCUUAAUCUGUGGAAACAGCAGCGACGCAGGGAAGUGCCCCGAUGGGUUCGACUGCCUGAAGACGGGCAGAAACCCAAACUACGGCUACACCAGCUUCGACACGUUCGGCUGGGCCUUCCUGUCGCUGUUCCGGCUGAUGACCCAGGAUUACUGGGAGAACCUCUACCACCACACGCUGCGGUCGGCCGGGAAGACCUACAUGGUGUUCUUCGUGGUGGUCAUCUUCCUGGGCUCCUUCUACCUGAUCAACCUGAUCCUGGCCGUGGUCGCCAUGGCGUACGAGGAGCAGAACCAGGCCACCAUCGCCGAGGCGUGUCAGAAGGAGCGCGAGUUCCAGCAGGCCAUGGAGAGACUGAAGAAAGAGCAGCAGAUGGCGGCACAGAAACCGCCGGACUCCGACUCCCUGACCUCACCAGACCUCUCACCUCUUGGCCCGCCAUUGGACAGCUCCGAGGAGCGGAGGCGGAGCCAGGCGCUGAUGGGUGUGGCCGACGUGGAGGGGAACCUGUCGGAGGAGAAGCUGCUGCAGGUGGACUUGAUGGACGGGGGAAAGGCCCUCCAUCCUCUCCUCGCUCGCUCCUUCUCCACGCGGACGCGACGAAGCAGUCAGGUGUCGUCCAUCUUUAACUUCCGGCUGAGGAGCCGAGGGUCGGAAGGCGAGAUGGCGGACGAUGAGUUCAGCGUUCCCGGCGACGUGGUGGACGGCGUCGGCGGCAGGACGUACAGCGGCGGGACGUUCAGCGGCAUCCUGACCAAUCCCUGGCCUAAACGCAGACUCAGCACCUACAGCACGGCCAGCAGGAACUCCCAGGUGUUUUAUCCCACCCUGAACGUCAACGGGAAGCUGUUCGUCUCCAUGGACCAGAACGGGGUCUCCCCGCCGCCGCUGCAGGGGCAGCUGCCUACCUGCACCAUGGAGAAGGUCAAGGAGGAGAGCGUCCCGACGUCCACCACGGAGCUCAGCACCAUGCUGCUGCCUCGACCUUCGUCCACGCAGGGGUCAGAGCGGAGGGGGAGGGCUAUGAGUGCCGCCAGCUACCUGACCGACGUCAUGGAGGAACUGGAGGAGUCCCAUAAGAAGUGCCACCCCUGCUGGUACGUGUUCGCCCACCGAUACCUGGUGUGGGAGUGCUCCCCCUCCUGGCUGCGGCUGAAACAGCUGGUGAAGAUCAUGGUGAUGGAUCCCUUCCUGGACCUGGCCAUCACCGUCUGCAUCGUCCUCAACACGCUCUUCAUGGCCAUGGAGCAUUACCCAAUGACGGACGAGUUCAACGGCAUGCUGAGCAUCGGAAACCUGGUUUUCUCUGGGAUCUUCACAGCGGAGAUGGUUCUGAAGAUCAUCGCCUUGGACCCGUACUACUACUUCCAGACGGGCUGGAACAUCUUCGACAGCAUCAUCGUGUGCCUCAGCCUCAUGGAGCUCGGAUUGUCUGAUGUGGAGGGGCUCAGCGUCCUGCGCUCCUUCCGGCUGCUGCGUGUUUUUAAGCUGGCCCGCUCCUGGCCGACCCUCAACACGCUCAUCAAGAUCAUCGGGAACUCCAUGGGCGCCCUGGGCAACCUGACGCUGGUCCUCGCCAUCAUCGUCUUCAUCUUCGCCGUGGUGGGGAUGCAGCUGUUUGGGAAGAACUACCAGGAGUGUGUGUGUAAGAUCUCCAAGGACUGCGUCCUCCCCCGCUGGCACAUGAAGGACUUCUUCCACUCCUUCCUCAUCGUGUUCCGGGUUCUGUGCGGCGAGUGGAUCGAGACCAUGUGGGACUGCAUGGAGGUGGCGGGGCAGCCGCUCUGCAUCCUCGUCUUCAUGCUGGUCAUGGUUAUCGGAAACCUGGUGCUGCUGAACCUCUUCCUGGCUCUGCUCCUCAGCAGCUUCAGCUCCGACAACCUCUCCGCCCCAGAUGAAGACGGGGAGAUGAACAACCUCCAGAUCGCCAUCCACCGGAUCACUCUGGGCCUGGCCUGGUGCCGCCGACAGGUGGUGGACUUCUUCAACGGGAACCUGAAGCGGCGGCGGCAGAAACGAAAAGAGGCCAAAGCCAUGAUGAAGCUGAAACGGCUGAGCACCGUUCACACUGAGGCCAACGGCGCCGUCAUCGGCCGCCAUGUGGAGAAGUACGUGGUUCCGGAGGACGACAGCUACAUGACCAACCCCAACCUGACCAUCAGCGUUCCCAUCGCCCCCGGAGAAUCCGACGUGGAGUUUCCGGAGGAAGAGGAGGAGGAGGAAGAGGAGGAAGGUCAGGAGGAGCAGAGCGAGGGGUCCGAGGGAGACGAGGAGAGAGAGGAGGAGCAGAAAGAAGAAAUCAGCCUAUCAGAGGGCAGCACAGUGGACCUGAGGAAGCCUGGCGAGGAAGAGGACGAGUACUCAGAGCUGGCCGAAGAGGCCAUGGACCCGGACAACUGCUUCCCUGACGUGUGCGUGUCCCGGUUCCAGUGCUGCGACAUCGACACCACGGCGGGUCUGGGCCAGAUGUGGUGGAGAACGAGGAAGACCUGCUACCAGAUCGUAGAGCACAGCUGGUUCGAGUCCUUCAUCAUCUUCAUGAUCCUUCUCAGCUCGGGAGCUCUGGCCUUCGAGGACAUCUACAUCGAGCAGAGAAGGGUCGUCAAGGUGGUGCUCGAAUAUGCUGACAAGAUCUUCACCUACAUCUUCAUCUUAGAGAUGAUGCUCAAAUGGCUCGCCUACGGCUUCAAGAAGUACUUCACCAACUACUGGUGCUGGCUGGACUUCCUCAUCGUCGAUGUUUCGUUGGUCAGUCUGGUGGCCAACACCUUGGGUUACUCCGACCUGGCAGCCAUCAAGUCCCUGCGGACGCUGCGGGCCCUGCGGCCCCUCAGGGCCCUGUCCAGAUUUGAAGGCAUGAGGGUGGUGGUGAACGCCCUGAUCGGCGCCAUCCCCUCCAUCAUGAACGUGCUGCUGGUCUGCCUGAUCUUCUGGCUCAUCUUCAGCAUCAUGGGCGUCAACCUUUUCGCCGGGAAGUUCGGCCGCUGCGUCAACCGGACCGGCUUCGUGUACGACGCCUCGCUCAUCAACAACCGGUCCGAAUGCGACGCCGCCAACGACACCUCGCAGCACUACUGGACCAAGGUCAAGGUCAACUUCGACAACGUCGGCGCCGGAUACCUGGCUCUGCUGCAAGUGGCGACCUUUAAGGGCUGGAUGGACAUCAUGUACGCCGCCGUGGACUCCAGAGCCGUGGAGGAGCAGCCAAUCAAAGAGAUCAAUCUCUACAUGUACCUGUACUUCGUCAUCUUCAUCAUCUUCGGCUCCUUCUUCACCCUCAACCUCUUCAUCGGAGUCAUCAUCGACAACUUCAACCAGCAGAAACGAAAGUUAGGAGGGCAGGAUAUCUUCAUGACGGAGGAGCAGAAGAAAUAUUACAACGCCAUGAAGAAACUGGGAUCCAAGAAGCCGCAGAAGCCCAUCCCCCGACCCCUGAACGACCUGCAGGGCUUCUUCUUCGACCUGGUGGGGAAGCAGGCCUUCGACAUCAUCAUCAUGGUUCUGAUCCUCCUCAACAUGAUCACCAUGAUGGUGGAGACGGACGAGCAGUCGCCGCAGAUGGAGAAGAUCCUCUACUACAUCAACCUGGCCUUCAUCGUCGUCUUCACCAUCGAGUGCAGCAUCAAGAUCAUGGCGCUGCGCUGCUACUUCUUCACCGUCGGCUGGAACAUCUUCGACUUCGUGGUCGUCAUCCUCUCCAUCGUCGGAAUCGUUCUGGCUGAUAUCAUCGAGAAGUACUUUGUGUCGCCGACUCUGUUCAGAGUAAUCCGACUGGCCCGGAUCGGGCGAGUCCUGCGCCUCAUCAGAGGAGCCAAGGGCAUUCGGACGUUACUGUUCGCCCUCAUGAUGUCACUUCCUGCCCUCUUCAACAUCGGGCUGCUCCUCUUCCUCGUCAUGUUCAUCUACGCCAUCUUCGGCAUGGCUAACUUCGCCUACGUGAAGCGGCAGGGGGGCAUCGACGACAUGUUUAACUUUGAGACGUUUGGGAACAGCAUGCUGUGUUUGUUCCAGAUCACCACGUCUGCAGGGUGGGACAACCUGCUCAACCCCAUCCUCAACAACUCCCCCGAGGAGUGCGACCCCCACCUGCCCCACACCGGCACCACCGUCAAGGGGAACUGCGGGAACCCGUCGGUGGGCAUCACCUUCUUCGUCACCUACAUCAUCAUCUCCUUCCUCAUCGUGGUCAACAUGUACAUCGCCAUCAUCCUGGAGAACUUCAGCGUGGCCACGGAGGAAAGCACCGAGCCGCUGAGCGAGGACGACUUCGAGAUGUUCUACGAGGUUUGGGAGAAGUUCGACCCAGAAGCCACGCAGUUCAUGGAGUACUCCAAACUGUCGGACUUUGCAGAUUCUCUUCUGGAGCCUCUCCGCAUCAGCAAGCCCAACAAGAUCAAGCUGAUCUCCAUGGACCUGCCCAUGGUCAGCGGAGACAAGAUCCACUGCCUGGACAUCCUGUUCGCCUUCACCAAGCGCGUCCUGGGCGAGUCGGGCGAGAUGGACGCCCUCAAGCAGCAGAUGGAGGAGAAGUUCAUGAUCUCCAACCCUUCCAAGAUUUCCUACGAGCCGAUCACCACGACUCUGCGGCGCAAGCAGGAAGAAGUGUCGGCCACCAUCAUCCAGAGGUGCUAUCGCCGCCACCUGGUGAGGCGCCAGAUGAAGGCUGCCUCCUACAUGUACCGCCAGUUCACCACGCCCCGACACGACCACAGCGAGGGCGAGGAGGGAGGCGAGGUGAUGUUUGGGGAGGACGCGCCUGAGAAGGAAGGGCUGAUAGCCACCAUGAUGAAGGAGAACUACGGGUCCAGUCUGUUGGGGGUGGAGCGCUCCUCCACCAUCUCCUCCACCUCAUCGCCGCCGUCCUACAACAGCGUGACGCGAGCCACGCCCGAAAACCUUCAUCCGCUCGCUGCCAAGACAGAAACGGCCGAUGAAGGCAGCGCAGUGAGAGAACAGUCUCAGUCUGAAGCCGACAGAACGACGGAAACAGAACCUUAGCAGGAACCCAAAGAGAACAAGUUCUGAUUUUUACUGAAUGUACCGAAGCUGAGGACCGUCGGAUCAGCUGAGAACAAGAGCUGGAUGAUGAAGAGAGGAAGAUUUACUACCUUUAAUCUAGUUCCCCAGUGGAGACUCAAAGAAAAACCAUUUUCUUAAAAGCGAAUUCUGAAGAACCGCCAACAGACGGAGGCCUGAUCUGUCAACCUGGAGCAAAACACCAGAAUAAGGAGCCUGGUUCUGUUGGUUCUGUUGGUUCUGUUGUGUCGGACUCUGACCUGGUCAGAGCGGUUAUAUCACCCGUCAUUUAUCGGAGUCGGGAGGCUCCGCCUCCUUACCGGUUACCGGCCGUAGGAUCGGCGGAUCCUGUCGCGUUUCUCCACAGCUGAACGGUUUUCUGAGAGAAGACGGCGAUUUCAAAAAGACCUUUUCGUAGUAAAAGUAUAACGUUGUUGAUGUUCCAAGUCUUUUAAUAUCGGUACAAUUAUUACUAUUUUUUAUAUUUUUAGAGUAAGUUAAAAAUAAGCCUUGGGAGUUGCGCUCGCUGUAAUGAACCGUCUGGAAAUCGAGAGAUGAAAACCUCAAAACCCGAAAAAAACAAAAAAUGAUCUUUUUAUUUUCUUUUUGGGCGUUUUUUGCACUUUUGAGUUUACAUUUAGCUGUCACUUUACUGCGCCUUCGGUAAAAGGAUGGGUGGCAUUUCUUCUGCUCUGACACCAAAAACUAAACGAAUGCACAAAGAAAUCCCAAACUCCCGAUUCGCCUCGGUGAUAAUCGUCCUCAUGAGCCCCGACCCGCCGAGCCCUGGGGGAUCUGCCACAAAGUUCAUGGAAGAUCUUACGGAUCUGCAAGAGGAGACGACUGGCAGCGGCUCGAUUGUUGCCGAGGUAACAGAUGAUCAAAGCCUCUGACGGGUUAAAUCUGAUGAAAUGAUCUGAACUUUCAGACUGCAGCAGGUUUUAGGAUCCAGCUUUCUGGCAGAUCUCCCGUCGUCAUUAACUUUCUGUCCGGUCUGAGUUCGGCGUGGCGAUGUUUCGUGGUUCUGCUCCGACCCGGAUCAGAGCUCAGGAUUUUACUGCAUUCAGUUUGAGACGAAGCUGGAUGUUGAUCUCAUCGUUCGCGCCGUCAGCAGCGUCCAGGAGAAACCUCGGCUCACCGGAGUCAGAGAAACUCUGGGCUUGUUUCUUUAUUAGCUUGGUCAUAAAUUUAAGUCCUUCACUGUAAAGUUUUAUAUAAGAAGCUGCAGGUUUGAUAUGUAAAUUAUUCAGAAACAGAAACUCUGUCUCUGCACAAGCAUCUGCAGCUGGAGCCACUGAUUGUUGAAAGGCUCAAGUCGUCGUCAUGACGUUUUGUUCAGGAUGUUUUUGACCUUCAGUUGACCUUCCUUUAAGGAUAAUUCCUCAGUUUGUGGGUUGGGCUGUAAAAUCCUCUCUGCUGAUGCCAAGCAGCUUUGGCUGAAGGUUGAAUUCCUGUUGCAGAAACAUGUUAAGGUUCCAAGAUGCUCAAACAUCACUGAACUCUUCACUGCAAAAACACGAAAUCUCAGCAAACAUGUUGGUCCAAGUUGUAGUGAAAACCUCAAAGUGCUCUUGAAAUAAGAUAAAACUAAGAAAAGUAAAUUUUCAUCCAGAUAAAUCAGCUUGUUUCCAGUAAAUAAUUGACUGAAGUAAUAAAUGACUUAAAACAGGCUCCUAUAUUUAGCUGAAAUAUUAUUUUUAAAUUAGUUUUGCUUUAUUUCAAGAGUGCAAAGAUAUUUGAACAACAAACUGGACAAAAAAACUUUAAUAUUUUGUGUUUUUGGAGUUUUGUGGGAUCAGUUUGGGUUUGCUGGUCAUGAAGGAAGAAUCAACACAACGCUGAAGAACAGGACAGCGUCCCACAGCAGCGUGUGACCCCACCGGUGACCUCCAGCACCAAACCAGAGGUAAUUCCAGAUGGACUGCUCUGGUUUUGGCACAGAGGAUUUGGUUGGUUUUCUGGGCCAGAACCCAAAACUCGACUCUGCUGCUCAACCCAAACAUCCGUUUCCUCCGAUAUGAAUCCAUCUAAAGAUUUUAUCUCCAGAAAGCAAACGAUCAAAAAACACAAAAUUCUGAACCUGAGAUAUCAGAACAAAAACCCAAAACAUUCGAUCAAACCUCCUCAGGGAAACAGAGCUGCUGUUUUGGUCCAGUUUGGUUCGUUUGGUUUGGUUUGGUCCAGUUUGGUCCAGUUUGGUUUGGUUUGGUCCAGUUUGGUCCAGUUUGGUCGGUUCCUCUUCUCAGAGACGCCUGAAUGAAGCCGGUCUGUGGAGCGGAUGCUUGUGCUGAGGCGGGUUGGUUGUUUCUCCUGGUUCUUCUCGGGUCCAGAACCUGAGCAGAACCAGAACCGGGCUGCAGGUUUUUCUUGGACACUGGAAUCGUUUCUGCUCAGAGGUUUGAAUGGUUUCAUUUCACCAGUUUGGAAACAAUCUGAUUGUUUUCUAGAGAUGAAAAUCUAAAUGUUUCUUUGCUUAUUUAAUUUAUUUUCUGGUUCCGGGUGGGAGGGGAGGAGAGUCGAUGCUGAGCGACGCGGCUCUUUAUCUAUUUGCACAAAGAAACUCAAACUGAGACGAACUGCUAGAGCAAUAACUGUUUGCUGAAACCUUGCAGGAGGUUUUAUAGGUCCGGUUUGACCCGGUUCACCUUCCGGCCGGACAGGAACCACUUCGACACUUUGAGCGCCGCCCUGAGGAACUCCUGCGGCGGUGCAGCACUGAUACGGUGUUACUGUGGACUCCAGCCAAUCCAACAUGGCCGACAGGAAGUGGAGAUGUUUCCUGAAGCUGUUUAGCGUCCGCUCCGUCCGUCUCACCUGAGGAUCUUUACUAAACGGCGCUUUAAUAAACACAUUUUAAAUGGGACACAAAAUGAACAGAGAGGUUUUACUGGCACCGUCUGGACUCUAUUUCUACUCGAUCCGUGGAGGACAGAUGACCAUGUAAAUGAGGUAAAACACUGCUGGACUCUGAGGCGUUUUCAGGUUGCAGUUGUGCUGAAGGGCUGUUUUCAGUAGCAAUAGACCCAGAGUGUGCCUGGAUACAUGAAGCCAACACACCAAGCCAUGCCGCCCCAUCCACUGACUGACUGAUCCACUGAGUGGCUGCAACAUUUGGCCUGUUGGGUAACGAGUUAACGCUCACGGUUUUUAACCAUUAACUUCUCACAGCCCCCCGCCACCCCCCCUCCAAACAGCUGAAAUCAGGCAGCUGAUUGGUUCAUUAGCUGCUGAUAGUUUUACCUUCAGAAAGGUUCAGAUUCACUGAAAUCAACAUUUUAUCACUAUGAGAAGUCCUCAGAAACCCGGAGACACCAGGAUCAGGUGUGUAAAUGAUUUGCUGCUCGGUGGUGAAGCGGUUCAUGGAGCAGGAGUUCAGAUCGUCAUGGAGGGCAGAUGAGCAUCAGUCCAGAAACCUGAUUAUCAGGUUAGUUAGUUUCUAUAAUCUGUGUGCAGAGCCGUCUGUCCUGUGAUGGACAGGAGACGUGUCCAGGUCUGGACAGCACUCUGCAGCGUCAGAUGGAUGUGAAAUAAUAACAUUUAUAAAAAUAAUCCUCAUUAUCAGUCAGCGCAGUCAGUCAGUUUGUCUGUUUUACCUGAGGAGCAUUUAUCAUCCGGAACAAGCAUGUGGCGACAGUGGAGAGGAUCUCCACUGCCAGGUCCAGAUCCAGGUGAGUAUGAGUCCGUCUGCCAGGUUUUAGGCCCACAUGCUUCAUCUGGAGGUUUGAAAUUGGUUCUCAUUGAGCACCGAUGAGAACCAGAAGGUUUGUUUCCAUGUUUCAUGCAGAAAUGUUGAUAUUUCUCUUCAGAUAUUCAGUUUAAUACAUUUUUAUCAGACCUGGUGAGGAAUUAUGUAGUUUUUUAUGAUUCUUCACCAAAUUCCUGCUGUAAUAACAGGACUGAACGGUCAGUAACUCUGGAUGUGUUUCUGACCUGUCAGAUGAAAACAAACAAUCUGGAAACUGUUUGGCUUCAAACGACGUUUGGGAACCGAGUGAGAAACAGAAAAAAUCACAGAAGUUUUGAGCCAGAAAUAAUUUAUUUAAGAAAACAAACAAAUCAAAGCUAAUUUAAAAUCUGCCAAUGGGAUCAAACAGAAAUAUCAUGAAAGAAAAACUGAGAACAGAGUCUGCACUACAAAAACACAAGUUACCAAAUAUUUAGUAGACUUGAAAUAAUAAAAAACUGACUUACACAUAACUUUAACAUUAAUAAAAUAAAAUAAAAAAGUUCACCAGUUCAACCAGAGAAACAUUUUCUGCCAGUUUAACUAGAACUAAAACCAUCAGCAUGAAGGAAUUAUUGACUUAAACUGGUAAUUAUGGCUGAACAGUUAAUUAUGAAUCAGUUUGAUCUUAUUUCAUGUGUGUUCAGAUUCUGCACUAGAAACUAGAUCAGACAAACUGUAAGAUUUUGUUUUUGCAGUGUAAGCUAGAGAUACUUUCUAUUUCUAGAGAAAGUUCAGAGUUCAGCUGAACGGUGAAGUGAGGGGAACUUUCUCCAUGGAAACCAAACCAAACGUUAAAACGUCAUAAAACCCGGAGCUGUUCUGCCUCAGUUCAGCUUCUAGCUGUUUCAUGUCUAUGUGAACAGGUCAGUCUAGAGCUGAACUCUGUCCAGUUUCAGAUUUUUCCAGAAGAUUCCUCUCUGUCGUUGUGCCUUAUCUGACUCACCGGGCAGCAAAAUGCACAACCUGAAGCUGGUUUCAGUGAAUCUGGACCUCGGAUUCAGGGUUCAGGUUCAGUCCGAGCACAAACCCGACCAGCCAGCUGUGUGCUGUAGGUGGCGCUGUUGAGCCCAUGUUUGGGUCAGAGGGGCUCUGGGAAUCUGCUCCUUCCUUCCCUGUUUGAAACCAAAAGCUGCUUCUUCACCACUGAUAUCCAAACACGGAGAAAAUGCACAGAAACGUGAUUCUUCUUCAUUCUUACUGUCGUUCUAUUUAUUGUGUAAUAGAUGCAAUACAAGCGUUGUGUCACCGUGGGGAGUGAUGCUGUGUGUUCUUCACGGACGAGGACAAUAAUCCAAUAAUAACGAUGAUGUUUUGAAGUUUUUGUGGAUUUUUCCAGGCAUCUUCUCACUGCUUCAACCACGUCGCUCCGUUUACACCGCAGCUGGUUUCAGGCGGCUGUCGACCCGUUUUUACUCCGUUUCCACAUCCAGAAUCCUGAUAUCUGUAGAGCUGCCUGGACAGCAGGUCUGACGCCUGAAGCUCGUUCAUUCAGGACCAAACUUACAGGAAAUAUUCCCGGCAUCGUAGAUUAUUUAGAGCUAAAAGGAGCUGCUAAACCCGGCAGAAAUAUCUCAAAUAAAUCAGAAUACAGGAAACAAGAAGUUUCCUGAAGAUAAAGUACAGAAAAAUCUCCAACUGGGAGGAAAAACUUUAUAAGUUGAGGAAAAAAAUUAAAACUUAUUUUUUGGUCCUGAGUUAAAAACGAGUCUGAAGUUUUUCUUCUGCAGACAGCCGGUGAACCCUGGGUGUAAAGAGGCGACAGCCGUGCCUCAGUGACCUCUGACCCCACCCUGCUGUUUUAGACACAGUUACACUAUUAUAACAUGAAGAUCUAUAUAUAAUUAUAUACAUAUACUUUUUAGUACUUUGAGUUGAAAUACUUUUUAGUAUUUUGCAAAUAAAUGUCUCUGUAUAUAAAAGAAAAAGCCUCCUGUAAUAAAUGAACAGAAGUUUAAUACUGAA